AUGAAAGUUUCUCAGGUAGGAGUACCGUCAAAUCACAUCACGCCCCCGCUAAAAUCACAGGCUCUAUAUUCCUCCGCUGCAUCAUCUCUAGAUGCUGUAUUCGCUUGUCUUGACCCCGUAUUGCAUGCGCAAGCCUACUUACUGUGCACGCUGCAUGCACUUCACUCGCCUUCUUCGCAAACGGUUUUGACAAUGAUUUCUGCAGCCGUGCGUUGCUGCGUGAUUGCACAGUUGCAUUUAUCAGCAGUAGAACACCAACCGCAAGAACUGCUCUGUGAGAGGCAGAUCCGGCGCCGUGUGUUCUGGUCUGCUUACGCGAUUGAUCGCCUGGUCAGUUGGGUUUAUCAUGUCCCGUGCAGUCUCGUGGACGAAGACAUCCAAGUUGAGCCUUUUGCCAACAUGAACGACGACGAGAUAAAAGAAUGGCAAGCCCGGGCUGAUCGGCCGGAUCUGGACGAGUCCACCCCGCGCAGGACUCAAGUGUCGUCCGCUCUUCACCUGAUUCGCGGGAGGAGAAUUCAAUCCCGCAUCUUGAGCAUCAUGAUGCGGGCGGAUUACGAUCAGCGAUUUGCUGGAUCUCAUCAAUGGCGUCUUCAUAUGCUUGAGGUGCUCAAUGACUGGAAAGCGCAGCUGGAACCCCAUAGCGACCCUCUCUCUAAGGGCUACACCAGCGAAGGAUGGGUAGGCAUGCUGUACAACUAUACAGUGCUACUCCUUUACCGGCCUACGAAAGCGAACAUGAGUGGCUUGGUCAUGGAGCAUUGCAUUAGAGCCUGUACCGACAUUGCACUGACAUUCUGGAAGUAUCUCAAGAGCCGUCAAACGGCUCAACUAUGGCCGGGUCUGCUUAGUCAGUUUGGUAUAGGGAUUACGCUGUUAUACUGCCUAUGGGUGAUGCCACCAUCGCAUCGAUCCGUCGAAAUUCAGUCACCAAAAAUUGGCACAGCCAUUCGGACGUGCUCCGUGAUCUUGGCAGUCCUGUCCGAGCGGUGGACUGAAGCCGAACCAUUGCGGGAUAUCUUUGAUCUCUUGGCGGACAGCAUCCCGGUCUAUUGGUCUCCUGAUAAUGGCGAAGCAAGCCGCAUCUCGGCGUCCUCGGCAGACACGAUUCAGGGGUACCUGCCCCGGGUGACGGCCAUCGUCAUCAACAAAGACAUAAUGCGCAUGCUUAUUGAGAUGACUACGGAGGAUUAUCCGUGGGCCGCAGGUCGGCCGGUGAAUGGGGGUAACUGGUCGUCUAGUGAUGUGCACAAUGCCCAUGAAUGUCCUCUGUGCUGGGGGACCCGAGCAGACCGAGCAGACUUGCCUUCGGUCGGCUUUGAUGCAGGAAUCCUGUGGCCAGGCUUCGAUCAUCGCACGGACGAUGACUCCUUUGCGGUGUUUGCUGAGGAAUCACCCCUCUUUCCGGGGCUUCUGGGCUCGAUAGAGUUUUGA